GUGCCACGAUUGCUCAAUUCAGUAAUACAUGGAAAAGUUUCAUAGAGAAUCCUGCUCUUUUAGCCAGCAGACUUCAUUAAUAAACACGUCACAGUGCUCAUAUAUCUUAUUUUUUUCUUUCAAUUAUUCUCUUUUCGCGCAUACGCGUUAAACAUACAUCAUGUCGACACCUACAGCACCCGCCGGUAACAAUGUUACGACACCGGGUUCGCAUGCUUCUCCUACACCUGUGCAGCACCAAUCGCCACAGGUACAGAUUUCACACCAUCAAAGAAAAGAAGUUGCAGUUAUUUUUGUGGUUGAUGGAACAGCUCGUAUGAAACCUCACUUCAAGACACUGUGUGAAGCCUAUGUUGAGCCUAUCCUCAAACAGUUACGUUCACCAAGUGUAUUAGAAGGCGAAGACGGGCAAACAAAAACUAAAAUUACUCCUGUGCUUAAAUAUGGACUUGUGGUCUUUGGUGAUUAUGAGCCAUUAUCGGUUGCCACUGUCGAUCGAAAAUAUUUUACUUCAGAUCCAAUCUUGUUUCAAGAUGUAUUCUCAAGUAUAGUAUGUGAAAAUGGAGGCAUUAUCAACAAUGCAGUAGAAGAAGGCAUGGUGGCAGCAUUAGAGUUAUUUGAUGAAUAUAGAGACGAAUUAGAAGGAAGAGAGGCUGUUCAACAUUGUAUUUUGGUGUCAAACAGUUUGCCUUACAAGAUUGGUGCUCGAUGCAAUUUAGUAGAAAAAUACGAUGGCCUUGUUUUGAAUGACAUUGCAAAUGAAAUGAAGAAGUCCAAUAUCAAAUUGUCAUUGAUUGCACCUCAAGGCAAUUGCAAAGAUUUAGAAGAGAUUGUAACACAAGUAAACGAUCAAAAGACUGAAUUAAAUACAGUAACAAAGACAAUACUCCCUACGCAUUUAGUGAUGCUCGCAGGCUUCAAAUUACCUGUUGUAGUAGCACCACCGCCACAGCCUGCUACAGAAACCAACAAAAACAAUACACGACAAGUCAUUGUGGGAUCACCUCAAUCAACUACUAGUGAAAAUAGUAAAAAGCGAAAAAGAGAAAAUGUACCUGGACAAAUCAGUUUACCUAAACCUUCAUUUGAUGGCAAGAGUUUUGUUGAAUCAAACAAUCUUGUUAAGAAACAUGUCAAAAAGGAAGAACAAGCAGAAGCAGAGACGAAUACUUCUUCAGUGCCUACAGAAGCUCCUGUUGUUGUUGAUCAACUUGUCAUAAGCACACCUCCUGCAAAAUCAUCGCCUGUAACACAAACAGUUCAACAGCAACCUCAAAUGGGAGUACCUCAGCAGGUACAAAUGCAACAACAACAGCCUCAACCCAUUCCUCCUCAACCUCAACAACAACCUUCUCCUCAAAUACCAUUACAGCAGCAAUUGCAGCAAAUUCAACUGCAACAGAUGCAACAAUUACAACAACAACCACAACAACCACAACAACCACAGGCAAGGCCACCUCAAAUAUCACAAGCUAUGGCAAGAACCAUGCAACAGAACCCAUUGCAGUUCCAACAAUAUCUUUUACAACAGCGUAAUAACCUAAUUGCACAAGGUGCCAAUAUGACACCUCAACAACAGACCCAGUUGCAGUCCAUUCAAGCUGCCUUAUUGAAAUUAGGUGAUCAGUUAAGACGUGCAAGUAAUGGAAAUCAACAGCCUGCCACGGCUACACCUAACGCGUCUUCCCCUAUGCCAUUUGCAGCUACUGUUGCUAAUCCUGGAGGAUUGCAAGUGCGGCCCGAGAUCAAUAAUGCUAAUAACAACUUGAUGCAGAAUCCAUUGCAACAACAGCCGCUAAAUCUAAGUAAUAUACCCGCUAAUUUAACACCGCAACAACGCAUGUUGAUUGCUGCACAACUUGCUCAAAGAGCACAACAACAGCAACAACAGCAGCAGCAGCAACAACAACAACAAAGCCCUCAGCAACAAGGUGGCAUAAGACCUCCUGCUAAUAUAAACGAUUUACAAGCACAAUUACUGCAACAACAACAACAACAACAACAACAACAACAACAACAACAACAACAACAACAACAACAACAACAACAACAACAACAACAACAACAACAACAACAACAACCACAGCAGCAGCCACAGCAGCAGCAACAACCACAGCAACAACCACAGCAACAACCACAGCAACAACCACAGCAACAGCCACAGCAACAGCCACAACCACCUCAACCACAGCAGCCACAACAACAGCCACAACAACAGUCCCAGCAAACUACGGAACAACAAACUGCUCAACAACAUGCUUCUCAGCAGCAACAAACGCAACCUAUUCCAGAGCAACAGCAACCAGGUGGUAUGCCUGCACACCCUAUCUGGACUGGCCAAAUUGUAUGGCAUAUUAAGACACCCGAGGGACAAUUGCAAGAAUUCAGUUGUCACUGUGGCGCAUUUGCUAUCACAUUAAAAGGCAUCAAUGUGAGCUUGGAUGAAUACCAACCUGAUAUAUGGCCUUCACGUAUUCAGAUUGCUGGACGAUCACCUUUGGCAAGAGCACAAUUUUUGCAAAGACAGGCAAUAGAUAACAAACUACCUUUCUGUCAAUUCAGACCUUUAAGCACAAGCAGUCAACAAGACCAGACUAAUUUUGCUUUACUUGUCCGCAAUCUCGAACAAAAGAAAUAUAUUGCAACUGUUGUGUUCAAUUUAGGUGCAAGUCAAGGUACAGAACCUCACGGUGUUGUCUUGACCCAUACAACCGGUAAACUGAUUGGUAUUGUGUUUACGCGAGUCCCUUUGCCUGAUUUGAAUGCGAAUAAUGGAACGCCUAUGCUUCCUACUUCUAUGCCACAACAAGCACAAAACAAUAUACCACCUACAGGACCUAAUGCGCCUGUCUCGACCAAUACAAACAUCAAUCCUGCCAUGUUGGCUAACUUACAAAACACAGCUAAUAUGGUCUUGUUAAAUGCUACCAACAAUACAAAUGUACAGCAUUUACAGAAUGCACUAAGACAACAGCAACUGAUGAACAUGGCUAAUAACCCAUCUAAUCAGCAACAACCACAACAACAGCCACAAAAUCAAGGACAGCAACCACAACAGACAAUGAAUGGGUUAAAUGCAAAUAGUUUGCUGCUAUCUAAUAUCAAUUUGGGAGGCAAUAAUCCUGCUGUCAUGAAUGCUUUAAACGCAAAUAAUUUGUUAAAUAUGAAUAAUAUUAAUAUGGCUAACCUUGCUAACUUGAGCAACUUGCAGCCUAAUGCUGUUCGAGAUUUACAGCAAAGAAUUUUUUUAGCUCGGCAACAACAGCAACAGCAACAGCAACAACAACAGCAGCAAAAUGGACAACAUCCUCCAGGAAUGCAAUAAUAAAAUUUAUUUGAUACAUGAUUACAUUUGACCACAUUCUGUUAAUAAAAGUAGCUUAGUAUACAUACUAACCAGCCAACUUGUGUUGUGUAUCUUACCAGUGAUUUUAACGGGCAACUUGGGGCGGUUGUUUGGACCCGUAGA